AUGGAGGACCCGCGGACCUACUACAGACUUCUGGAGGUUAUGCUAGAGGACAACCUGAACUUGCCAGGUAAUGGCAAACUGUACUCAAAAGUGAUAAGCUGGGUGCAGCGCAGCCUGUGGAAGAACGGAGAUCCCCUGGAGAAACUGAUGGAAGAGGUGCAAACGCUGUACUACUCCGCAGAUCACAAAUUGCAUGAUGGGAGCCUGUUUGAGGGGCAGGCAGAGGUCUACAGCUCUGAGGAUGACCACAUCCAGUUUGUGCAGAAGAAGCCUCCUCGAGAAAGAGACGAGAUGAGCUCAGGUGUCUCUGGCAGCCUCUCUCCCUCCAACAGCCAGUUCAACAAGCACGAAUGGAAGUAUAUUGCCUCAGAGAAGACCACCAACAACGCAUACCUGUGUCUGGCUGUUCUGAGAGGUGUGCUGUGUGUGAUCUCCCUGCAUGGCCGCACCAGUCCUCAUACUUCCCCAUCUGCUACGCCAUGUGUGCUGAAGAGCCUGAGCUUUGAGGCUCAACCAAUAGAUCUGCAGGAGAAGCUGUUGAAGCCCAUGCAUUAUGCUCGCUCAGGCCUGGGAACCGCUGAACUGGACGGCAAGCUCAUUAUUGCAGGUGGCUAUAACAGAGAAGAGUGCUUGAGGACUGUGGAGUGUUAUGACCCAAAGAAGGACUGCUGGACUUUCAUCGCCCCCAUGCGCACUCCACGGGCCCGCUUCCAGAUGGCUGUGCUAAUGGGUGAGCUGUUUGUGAUGGGUGGCUCCAAUGGUCACUCAGAUGAGCUGAGCUGUGGAGAGAUGUAUAACCCCAAGGCUGAUGAGUGGAUUCAAGUUCCUGAGCUCCGCACCAACCGUUGCAAUGCAGGUGUGUGCUCGUUGCAAAACAAGCUUUUUGUGGUGGGUGGAUCUGAUCCUUGUGGCCAAAAGGGCUUGAAGAAUUGUGACUCCUUUGACCCAGUGACAAAAAUGUGGACUAGCUGCGCACCCCUUAACAUCAGGAGGCACCAGGCGGCAGUGUGUGAGUUAAAUGGAUUUGUGUACGUGAUAGGUGGUGCUGAGUCCUGGAACUGCUUAAACUCAGUAGAGCGCUACAACCCAGCAAACAACACAUGGACCCUGGUGGUCCCCAUGAACGUGGCCCGUCGUGGAGCUGGUGUGGUUGUGUAUGAAGGGAAGCUGUUUGUGGUCGGAGGAUUUGAUGGCUCUCACGCGCUGCGCUGUGUGGAGGUCUAUGACCCAGCCAAGAACGAGUGGAGGAUGCUGGGAAGCAUGACAUCAGCACGGAGCAACGCAGGGCUGGCUGUGCUGAACGGUGUGCUCUGUGCAGUCGGGGGCUUCGAUGGCAAUGAGUUUCUCAACACCAUGGAGGCUUAUGACCCAGAGAACAAUGAGUGGAGCCUGUUUAUUGAGGCAUUAACUAAGAACUGAAGGGUAUCGGGAUCUCUCCUUUCCUCAGACUGACUAACAUUGUAAUGUGACUUGUGUUUUACUGAUGUUCAUCUGUUUAGGUGCUGAGGAGAGAAACUCUGAUAGAUGCUUAUAUGAAGUUGCCCAAAGCAACAUAAAGCCUUUGCAUAUUGCAUAAUUACUAUGUAAAUACUUGUUCUUUCUCUCUCUCUCUCCUUUUUUAUUUUUUAGUUUUGCUAUCAAAGCCAGUACCCAGAGUGAUAUUUGAAGCUGGUAUGGUUAAUGUCAUGAGAACAGGUUUAUUAGUUUGUGAACUGUGGCAGAGGUUCAUGGUGCAGUGCUUAUUCAUCAUGAAUGAUUUGACAUUGAUUUAAUGCCUUUCUUACUGAAGAUGAGAUAUAUGUAUAGCUGGAAAGUCUUAGACCACAGAAUACUUAAAAGCUCAUCUGAAAUGGAGCUCUAAUGCUUCAGUGGGAUUGUAUCUUUUGCUUUUUAAUAGCAUUUUUAUACAACUUAUGCAAGUGUCUAAUAUGUAAAUCUGACAAGCAUACAUUCCAUUUCUGAAUGAAUUUGUGUUUUUGCAUAGAUGCUUAUCUGUAUCUGCUUUAUGCUAAAAAAGCCAAUGAUGAAAAUGCCACUUUUAACACCAAUUAAUGUUUCAUCUCAUUCAUCUCUGUAUUCAAAACUGUUAGACCUGAUUUCUUGAUUUUUUUAUUUUUAUUUUUUGUUCAAAUGCAAAAAGGUGCAAAAAUUAAUAAACUAUUUCAAA